GCAGGGGUCGCGAGAGGCGCCGAGCCGGCCCGGCCCGCGGGAUGCGGCGCCCGGGGGCAGCGGGUGCGGGGCGCUGAGCUCGGCGGGGUCCCCGGCGCCAUGCGCCGCUCCAGCACGGACGAGUCCACCUACCGGCGCAGCCCGUCGCCGGAGGGCAAGGAGCCGGGCUUCGCGCGCGGCGGCCCCUUCCGGCGCUACAGCAGCCUGUACGGGCGCGGGGAGGGCGGGGACGGCGGCGGCCCCUUCUUCGGCCUGCACGCCAACCCCGGCCCCAAGGCGGCCCAGGCGCGCUACACGUCGCCCAAGGGCACCAAGUACGUGGUCUUCUACCUGGACCUGUCCUUCAUCUUCCUCCUAGAGCUGAAGCGCUGCGGCAUGGCGCGCGGCUGCCUCCAGGGCGUCAAGUACCUCAUGUUCGCCUUCAACCUGCUCUUCUGGCUGGGAGGCUGCGGCAUCCUGGGUGUUGGCAUCUGGCUGGCUGCCACACAGGGGAACUUCGCCACCCUGUCCUCCUCCUUCCCGUCCCUGUCGGCCGCCAACCUGCUCAUCGUCACCGGCACCUUGGUCAUGGCCAUCGGCUUCGUGGGCUGCAUCGGGGCCAUCAAGGAGCACAGGUGCCUGCUGCUCACCUUCUUCGUGAUGCUGCUGCUGGUGUUUCUGCUGGAAGCCACUGUCGCCAUCCUCUUCUUCGCCUACACUGACAAGAUCGACAGGUAUGCACAGCGAGACCUGAAGAAGGGGCUGCACCUGUACGGCACCCCGGGCAACGUGGGCCUCACCAACGCCUGGAGCAUCAUCCAGACAGAUUUCCGCUGCUGCGGGGUGACCAACUACACCGACUGGUUCGACGUCUACAAUGCGACGCGCGUGCCCGACUCCUGCUGCCUGGAGUUCAGCGAGAGCUGCGGGCUGCACGCGCCGGGCACCUGGUGGAAGGCGCCGUGCUACGAGACGGUCAAGAUGUGGCUCCAAGAAAACCUGCUGGCCGUGGGCGUCUUCGGGCUGUGCACGGCGCUCGUGCAGGUCCUGGGUCUGACCUUCGCCAUGACCAUGUACUGCCAGGUGCUGAAGGCCGACACCUACUGCGCAUAGGCUGCCCGCUGCCUGCCACCCGCUUCACUGCCAGAGCACGUCACCCACCGGGGAGGUGACCUCAUAGGACUCUCUGCCAGCCUGGGCGUGGGGGAGGGGAGGAGCAGGUGGCCGGAGCCCCCAGGACCCCUGGCCAGGCCUGUGAGCACCGAGCUAGAGGGGGUGGCUGAGCGCAGGCCACUUGCUGGGGGCGGGGUUGGGGGUGCUUGUGGCACUUUCCUUUCACAUCCUUGUGUUCUCCAGGGCAGUGUUUCCCGAGACCCUGUACAGGGCAGGGGUUGGGGCCGCAGCGGGCUGGGGUGGGGCAAGGGGCCCACUGCCAGUCCAGGUGCUUGAGACAGGCUGCAGUCUCGCAUCCACAUUCCACGUGGGGCCAGGGCAGGCUCCCAGCGCAUCGUAAUAAAGUGCGGGCAGCAGCCCCCCACCUGCCCGCCUGUGUGUGUCACUG